AUGGCCAAGUUCCGCGCAAGCAAUAUCCUUGGCGACCCGUUCGCACUCGCGACACUCUCAAUCGCCAUUCUCGCCUGGCUGAUCGCCUUCAUCUCCUCUAUUAUCGCCGACAUUCAGGCAGACUACUACAAUUUCAACUGGUGGGCUAUCAGCUACAUGUUCUGUGUCACCGUUGGCCUCAUUUUCACUUUUGGCACCGAUACCGGCAAUGUUUAUAGCGUUGCGAUUGUCGGAUACCUCGCUUCUGGGCUAGUGCUCACGUCAAUUGCUGCGAACAAUGCAGUCAACGCCGGUCAGGCUGCCAAGCAGGCUGCGGGCGCCGGGUUCAUUUUGCUCUCCAUGGUCGUUAUCCUCUGGAUCUUCUAUUUCGGCUCCGCUCCUCAGGCCUCUCAUCGCGGUUUUAUCGACUCUUUCGCCCUCAACAAGGAACAGCCCGGAUCAUAUCGUGGCAGUGCUCCCAUGUCGAGCGCCUUCGGUGCCCGUCCCGAUACCAUGGCCACCAGCAACACCCCGCAGAUGUACACGUCCGCGCAGUUGAACGGCUUCGAGACCUCGUCGCCCGUUUCCGGUUACCCCGGCGGUGCUCCUGGCGCUGAGCGUAACUCCUCUCAGCCCCCACGAUUUGGAGGGGCCAGCCCCGCCAAUGCUGGUGGGGGCGCUGCCCAAGAAGGCAGUGAGGUGCCACCGCCAACCGAGUAUCCCUACCGCGCGAAGGCCAUCUAUUCUUACGACGCUAACCCAGAGGAUGCCAACGAGAUCAGCUUCAGCAAGCACGAGAUUCUUGAAGUCUCCGAUGUCAGUGGUCGAUGGUGGCAGGCCCGGAAAUCAAGCGGAGAGACCGGCAUUGCACCCUCUAAUUAUUUGAUCCUGUUGUGA